AGGGGAGUGCAGACUCAGUGACAAUGUUAUGCGUGGGACAUCAAAUCUGUUUGGAAACUUUACCAUAUACAGAGGAAACAUGGAGACAAUUAUGGACAUGUUUUAUUAGGAGAUUCAACAUGGCUUCUACUGUCUUACAUUUUUGUUGUAGCUGGGCUUGAUCACAGCUGCGUUCCACCUCGAGAGCUCUUAGAGUGCAUGAUGUAAGUGCAUUUCUACUGCCUCUCUAAGAUGAACGACUGCAAUAUGAGCCUCAGUCAAGUUUUCUGGACCUCUGGUCCGCCAUCUGAUUAAGUCAAGGCCCUCCAAAACACCCAUCAGAGAGAGCAGGAAAAAGGAGCAGAGGUGGCUGGUAUUUGGUGGUGGUGGAGGACGAGGAGGAGAAGGAUUUGGAAACCAUCUACAUCCACUGGAAUAUACAAUUUCUGGAAUACCACAGUGUAUAUGGAAUAUUGCAGAACUUUUCAGAAUUGUCAGGAUCAUUUGGAUUAUUGGGAAUUUCACCCCUGUUGGCAGCCAUGAAGGUGAACCCGAGCUCUUGUUUGUGUCCUGUACUUUUGUGCCUGUGUUUCCUGGAAAAGGGUUAUGAGGCAAGCCUUCACGGCCAGGCCAAAGUCAUCUCCAGGAGCCACAAUGCAACACACAACCACAACCAGACCAAGGAAGGGGAAACAGAAGUUCACCAUCGGCCCAAACGGGGAUGGAUAUGGAACCAAUUCUUUGUCUUAGAAGAGCAUAUUGGACCAGAUGCACAAUAUGUAGGAAAGCUUCAUUCAAAUUCAGACAAAGGCGAUGGCUCGGUACGGUACAUCCUGAGUGGGGAAGGUGCGGGAACGAUCUUCAUCAUCAACGAGGUUACGGGAGACAUCCACGCAACCAAGAGUCUAGACCGAGAAAAGAAGUCACAUUAUGUUCUUCACGCUCAGGCCAUCAACCGCAACACAAACAAACCCCUGGAGCCGGAGUCAGAGUUCAUCAUCAAAGUUCAGGAUAUUAACGACAACGCCCCCAAAUUCCCAGACGGACCCUUUGUCACAUCUGUGCCUGAGAUGGUGGAAGUUGGUACAUCGGUUUUUCAAGUCACAGCGACCGAUGCAGAUGACCCAACAUAUGGAAACAGUGCGCGGGUGGUUUACAGCGUUCUACAUGGACAGCCGUACUUCUCUGUUGACCCCAAAACUGGUAUCAUCAGAACAGCCUUGGGAGACAUGGAUCGGGAGGCGAGAGAGCAUUAUUCAGUGGUCAUUCAGGCCAAAGACAUGGCAGGGCAGGUGGGAGGGCUGUCGGGCUCCACCACGGUCAACAUCACACUCACUGACGUCAACGACAACCCACCCAAAUUCCCUCAGAAGAAUUACCAGGUGUUUGUUCCAGAGUCAGCACAGGUGGGGAAGCCAGUAGGGAAGAUCAAAGCCAACGAUGAGGACAUCGGAAUCAAUGCAGACAUGAAAUACACCAUUCUGAACCCAGAGGGUGCCGGAAUGUUCUCCAUUUCUACAGACAAAGAUACUAGAGAGGGCAUUAUCACACUGAAAAAGCCUCUUAACUAUGAAAAGAAAAAGCAGUACAGUCUUCACAUCGCUGCAGAGAACACACGCCUGGAUCCACGCUUCUCAUAUCUUGGCUCAUUUAAAGACGACGCCACACUCAGGAUCACAGUUGGAGACGUGGAUGAGCCGCCGGUUUUCUCAAUGGAUUAUUACAUUAUGGAGGUAUACGAGAAUGCCAAGAUUGGAACUGAAGUGGGAGCCGUCACAGCGCGAGACCCUGACAGCAUGAACAGCCCUGUAAGGUAUUUCAUUGAGCGGAAAGUAGACAAAGAUGUGUAUUUCGAUAUUGAAUCCAUCAGCGGAGUCAUUAGAACUACUCAGCGGCUGGACCGAGAGGACACUCCCUGGCACAACAUCACUGUCAUGGCAACAGAGGAAGACAACCCCAGUCUUCAGAGCCACGUGCCCAUCACUGUGCAGGUUCUGGAUGUGAACGACAAUCCUCCAAAGAUCAACAGCGAUGAGGAGCUCAUCAUCUGUGAAAGCACCAGGCCAGGACAGGUCAUUCAGACCAUUACGGCUGUGGAUAAAGAUGAUUUUGCCAAUGGAAAGGGAUUUUCCUUUUCUUUUCCUGGAGGAAUUCCUGUCAACCCCAACUUUACAAUUAAAGACAAUGAAGACAGCACUGCCAGCAUCAUCGCCAGACGGCGGCGAUUCCAUAGACUAACCCAGGAACUCUAUGAGCUACCGGUGGUGGUGUGGGAUGAUGGACAACCUGUCCUGAGCAGCACUGGGACCCUGACACUGAGAGUGUGUUCCUGUCAGAGAGGCACCAUACUCAGUAUAUGCCAGAACGAUGCUUUUCUCUCUUCUGCAGGACUCAGCACAGGCGCUCUUAUAGCCAUUCUGCUCUGUGUGCUUAUCUUACUAGCUAUUGUGAUUCUGUUCAUUACGUUGCGACGGAGCAAAAAAGAGCCACUGAUCUUCUCAGAGGAGGACAUUCGCGAAAACGUUGUGACGUACGAUGAUGAAGGCGGUGGUGAGGAGGACACAGAGGCCUUUGACAUCAUCGCUCUCCGGAACCCAGCUGCCGCUGAGGAACUAAAAUUCCGCCGGGACGUCCGACCGGAGUGUGUCUGGUCAGGGUUGUCAAGGAGACCGCCCCGUUGCCUUGUAGGUGACCACCUGAGCUCCUCGUCCUUGGACAUAGAUGAGGAAAUGCAUGUAGGGGAGUUUAUCAAACAGAGAGUGGCAGAGGCGGAUCAGGAUACUAGCAUACCGCCUUACGAUUCCUUACAAACCUAUGCCUACGAGGGUCAAGGGUCACCAACGGGCUCCAUCAGCUCACUUGGGUCAGCUGGUGCACAUUCGGAACAGGACUACAACUUCUUGGAUGACUGGGGGCCGGAAUUCCAAAAACUAGCAGAACUUUACGGUGAUGAACUUGAAACAGAGUCGGAAUCAACUGAAAAGGCAGAUUCAGAGAAACAGACAUAAGCGUUUGUCAGUGUCAAAAAACUGUGAAUGAUUAAAAAAUAAAAAACAAAACCUUGCUCUUUUUCGACAUAAUCUCAUCAAUAAAAACUAGACAUUUUGGAAUGUUACGCUCACCGCUGUAAAGACAGACUUGACUGAGUUUUUUUCUCUUGUUUCUUUUGGAUGAUCGGAGCUCGGAAUUCCAACAAGACAAGAAUGAUUUUGAAAAGAAAAUCAAGCCAA